CCCCAGAAAAGGCCUUGGUCAUGUGAUUUCUAAGAAGUGAAACCAGUCUGAUUUUGAGGCCUUUCCUGGAAUCAAUCUGAACACAUCCACACAAGGAAGGCAGUCUGGGCUGAAGGACCCUUCUGCAGAGGACUCAUCCACACUGAGUUCCCACAGCAGAUGCAGGGAGGCUCCAGGAUGCUUUCAGCAGCUGCCUUGGGCAGGCUUGGGCUUCCAGGCAAGGCCUCGGCUGUCCCGUGGCUCCUCUGGCUGUGGCUGCUAGUCCCAAAGACUCACUGUGCCCAAGAUGGGGACAUGAGGCUGGCCGGCGGUGACACGGCCAACGAGGGCCGUGUGGAGAUCUUCUACGGAGGCCAGUGGGGGACGGUGUGUGACAACCUCUGGAACCUGGCCGAUGCCAGCGUCGUGUGCCGGGCUCUGGGCUUUGUGAAUGCCACGGAGGCACUGGGCAGAGCCACCUUUGGGCCAGGGACCGGCCCCAUCAUGCUGGAUGAGGUGCAGUGCACAGGGACAGAGCCCUCACUAGCCAGCUGCAGGUCCCUGGGCUGGCGGAAGAGCAACUGCAGGCACGACCAGGAUGCGGGUGUGGUCUGUACCAAUGAAACCAGGGGCGAGUACACACUGGACCUCUCUGGGGAGCUCUCCGCUGCCCUCGGCCUGAUCUUCGACAACCAGCAGGGCUGCGACCUCUCCAUCCAGGUGGUGGGGCAGGGGCAGGAGGAACUGGCCCUCUGCGCCCACACAGUGAUCCUGCGUGCCAACCCCGAGGCGGAGGCCCUGUGGGAGAAGCCAGGCAGCAGCAUCAUCAUGCGUGUGGACAGCGAGUGUGUGUUUGUGGCCAGGGACUUUCUAAGGUACUUCUACUCCCGGAGGAUUGAGGUCUCCUUGAUGUCUAUCAAGUGCUUGCACAAGCUGGCUUCCGCCUACAGGGCCGUGCAGCUGCAGGAUUACUGCGGAAGCCUCUUCUCCACUCUCCUGCCCCAGGACCCCUCUUUCCGCACAACCCUGGACCUCUAUGCCUAUGCACAGCUCUCGGGUGAUGCCCUGCUGGAGGAGCGGUGCGUGCAGUUCCUGGCCUGGAACUUUGGGGCCCUGACACAGUCCCAGGCCUGGCUGAGCAUCCCCACUGCCCUGCUCCAGGCGCUCCUCUUUAGGAGCGACAUGACUGUGCCCAGUGAGCUGAGCCUGCUGCAGGCCCUGGAUGCCUGGAGCAGGGAGCAGGGCAUCUCCCAGAGGGAGGCCCAGGUCUUGCUGGAGCAGGUCCGCUUCCCCAUGAUGCUGCCCGAGGAGCUCUUCCAAUUGCAGUUCAACCUGUCCCUGUACCAGGACCAUGAGGCCCUGUUCCAGAAAAAGAUUCUGCAGGCCCUGGAGUUCCACACAGUGCCCCUGUGGCUCCUGGUCCGGUACCAGGGCCUGAACAUCACCCAGGACGCCUACAUGCCCCGAAUUUAUACCUCAGACACCUGGAGCACCUUGGUGACAGCCAGUUCUUGGGACCAGCAGCUGAGUUCUAGAAAACAAAGGAAGAAGUAUAUGACCCAAACUUACCCCUACUAUUAUGUGAAAAACCUCUCAAAUGGGUACAUGAACAGCCCCUACCGUUCCUUCCAGACCCCAGAGCACCCCAGCUUCCUCUUCAAGACGAGGCUGGUCUCUUGGACGGUUGCCUACCUUCCUACCGUACAGAGCUGCUGGAACUAUGGGUUCUCCUGCUCCUCUGACGAGCUCCCGGCCCUGGGCUUCACCAGGUCUGGUUCCUUUGAGCCCACCAUCGGCUACGAAAACAGAGCCCUGAUGCUCUGCAAAGGGGGCAUCGUGGUGGAUGUCUUGGACUUCCCAGGCUCGAAGACCUCAAUCCCCAGUGCCCUGGGCACCAACAGCACCAGGGGCACUUCCACUUUCCCCUGCACUGCAGGCUUCUUCAGCACCUUCCGCAUGGCCAUCCGGCCCUUCUACCUGAGCAACAUGACCAGCCUGGACUAAAUGGGGCCACCCAGAGGCUGGGCCGUUGUGCUAGGGAUGCUCCCCUCUGGGGCCUCCAUGCCACUGGCCACCAGAUGUCUCCCUGCUUCCACUGGUCUCUGUGACCUUAAAAAAAAUCAUUAGAAGGCCUUGACUAGCACUCACCUCAAAUUCUAAAAUUUUUAGUGCUCCCCUGGGUGCUGAGGUCUCAGUACUCCCACUGCCUGGCUGGCUUCCAGUUGGGGAGGCGAGAAGAUCACUGUGGGAGUCCCAGGUCCCCUUGCAGCUGCUCCGUCCACUGCUGUCACUGCUCUGAGGCCAUUAAAACCAUGCUGUGCUUCCCA